AUGGCGUUCGCCGUCACCUCUCAGACCCUCUGCGACUCUCCGGAAAGAACGCCGAUGCCGAUUGGGUAUUACGACCAGUCUCCGUUCCGAUACAACAACGCGGUCAAAGCCAACAUCAUUGAUCAAUCUGAGUUUGGUCCUGAACGGUACAGCCAAGUCGUCGAUUCGACCAUGCUCUCCAAAUGUUUCGACAGGCUGCCCAAAGGUGAUCGCACCAAGAUUGGGAGCAACGGUCUGACUCUGAGCGGCGGUCAGAGACCGCGGAUUGCCCUUGCACGAGCACUGUACUUGGAGGCCGACCUUUUGAUACUGGAUGAUAUUCUCAGCGGCCUUGAUGCGACCACUGAAGAUUACGUCUUCCGCAGAGUGUUUGGCAAUGAUGGCAUCAUCCGCCAGAGGGGAGUCACGGCCGUAUUAUGCACACACUCGGUUCGGCAUUUGCCGAUGGCCGACCACAUCAUUGCUCUCGGCGACGAGUGUGGUGUCGUAGAACAAGCCUCCGUUGCGCCUUGGGUCAUUGUGGCCUUCUUCUUCUGGUGCUGCGCCUACGGCUUUGCAUUCAACUUCCCUAUUGUGUGGCUGAAGUACUGGUCUGAGGACGCUGUAGCUUCGAACCCGAAACACUCUGGGUCUUUCUAUCUGGGGAUCGAGGUUUCCGACUGCUUCCCUGGUUUCGACGUCGUCAACGUCAACCGCGGCACCGACGAGACCUCACAAGAUCAGUCCGCCGAGUCGACAAAGUGA